UAUGUAUACCAGGCUUUGUAUUCUUUUCUUGUUUUUUUGUCCUCUCACUGUAGGGGAGGAUGAAAUUACAGAUCCUUCAGAAAAAUUAACAGAUCCUGAAGAAACCACAAAACCUCUGGAGAUCGAUGCUUCAAGAUUCUUUACUGAUACACUCAUUACAGGACAGGAUUCUGUUGUGAAAUGUAAAGCUAGGGUGCAUGAGAGCAGAGAAGCAGCACGAACUCGAGGAUUAGAUCAUGGUGUAAAUCCAAGUGUAGGAUUAGGAGCAGCAUUGGUAAUUUUUCUUCUUGUGGGAGUUUUUGCUGCGAUUAUUGCCCAAGGGUUUCAAAAGGUAAGUCCAUGAUCCAUAAAAGACAAAGCGAAUUUAGGAAUUGGCAUUGGUUUCUUGGGCUCAAUUUGAAUAAUAACCCUACUUCCCUGCUUCCUACUGUCCUGUUAAGGCGGCAUCACUUUUAAAUUCAUGCUUUUUCGUUUCAUUCUACACAAUUCGUAUGAACACAGAAAAGUUUAUAUUCUGUCAAACUUUUAAAAACUUGUCAAGAAGAAAUUUCGAUUUUUAUAAGAGAAGAAAAGCUGGCAAAAAUUUAUUUAAAAAUCAUCAUUUAUUUUCUUACCCAAAAAUAGUAUAAUGAAUUCGGACACAGAUAUAAUUCAAACGAGUCACGUAUGUGAAACAGAAUAUCACGUCUUAGUUAGUAAAUACAAAACAAAAAACAUCAUUUAUUAUCACUAAAGUUAAGAACACGCCUGUUUAGCCGCAGGGCUCGGCCGAAAUGUCGUUUUGGAAGUUGCCCUUGGGGAAAGUCCUUUGGGAAAGAUACCUAACACAAAAAGAUAAACAAUAUACCCAACAAACAAAAACCCGUGAAGAACACAAGAUUAUUUGGUUUAU